CGUUUCCAUUAUCGUUUUCAUGCUGUCAGAGCAGAAGCUGCUGUCUCUCUACACACUACUACAACCUACAAACCCCCUGUUUGGAUACAAAACGACUCCUUUAGAAACACUAUGUAAUUCUCUGUUAGCAGAAUGAAGUCUUCUCAUCAUGGUGGUUAGCUUUGGUUCGCUACGAGGCGAGUUUGACUGAGACAAUCCUCUUCAACUUGCUCUGCUGACAGGUUAGCUUGUUAGCUUCCGACCUGCUAACUUCCACAGCUAUGUGAACUCACUACAGACAGCCAAGAAACUCCUGCAACUCUCAGGUGUUGCAGGUCGCUCUCAUGUGCCCAUGGAGAAAGCAGCCUUUGAGGGGUGGCUGGAAACAGUCUCGACCUCUUUCCUUACUCUGAAUGACCAGCAGCGCAACCAGUCCCUGGACCACCUCAUUUCUUUAAGUGGUGCUGUCCAACUCCGUCAUCUGUCUAAUGGACUGGAGACACUGCUCAAGCGUGACUUCCUGCGCCUCCUUCCCCUGGAGCUGGGCUUUUACCUGCUCCACUGGCUGGAUCCUGAGACCCUGCUCACCUGCUGCCUCGUCUGCAAAGGGUGGAAUAAGGUGAUCAACUCGUGUACGGAGGUGUGGCAGGGUGUGUGUCGGGAGCUGGGCUGGAGGAUCGAUGAGUCCAUUCAGGAUGCGCCACACUGGAAGGGGGUCUACCUGAAGGCUAAACUGCGUAUGGUGCAGCUGCAGGAUCAGGAUGCCUUUGAGACAUCGUCCCUCAUUGGCCACAGUGCUCGAGUAUACGCCCUCUACUAUAAGGACGGCCUCCUCUGCACAGGAUCUGAUGACCUCUCUGCCAAGUUAUGGGACGUGCGCACCGGGCAGUGCAUUUACGGAAUUCAGACACACACCUGCGCCGCGGUGAAAUUUGAUGAGCAGAAGCUGGUGACUGGGUCCUUUGACAACACCAUUGCAUGCUGGGAGUGGAGCACAGGAGCUAAAAUCCAGCAGUUCCGUGGCCACACAGGAGCAGUCUUCAGUGUGGACUACCACGAUGAGCUGGACGUGCUGGUCAGCGGCUCUGCAGACUUCUCCGUGAAGGUCUGGGCUUUGUCUGCUGGCGCCUGUCUCAACACUCUGACUGGACACACCGAGUGGGUCACCAAGGUGCUUCUACAGAAAAGUGAAGUAGAAUCUAUGAUGCACAGUCCUGGUGAUCUGAUCCUCUUAAGUGUUGACAAGUAUGAAAUUAAGGUCUGGCCUUUAGGGAGAGAAAUCAACUGCAAGUGUUUGAAGACGCUGUCGGUGUCGGAGGACCGCAGCAUCAGCCUUCAGCCUCGCCUGCAGUUUGACGGACGCUACAUCGUCUGCAGCUCGGACCUCGGGGUUUAUCAGUGGGACUUUGCCAGCUUUGAUGUUCUCAGGGUGAUAAAAACCCAGGACCCAGCGAACCUGUCUCUGCUCAGCUACGGCGAGGUGUUUGCGCUCCUUUUCGACAACCACUUCCUGUAUGUGAUGGACCUGAGGACAGAGAACAUCUCGGGCCGCUGGCCUCUACCGGCCUACAGAAAAUCCAAACGAGGAUCCAGCUUCCUGGCCGGUGUGACGUCCUGGCUCAACGGCCUGGACGGGGACAAUGACUCUGGACUGGUGUUCGCCACCAGCAUGCCCGACCAUAGCAUUCACUUAGUACUGUGGAAGGAGAACGGAUAGAAGCAAACAAGGACUCCAAUCCCCCCCACCUCUUCCCCCAAGACUGCUAGGAUACGAGCCGCCAUCAUGUGUGCUCUGGAAUAUAUGAACCUUAACAGCCAACAUAGACCAUGCAUGGACCAAAGCAUUUUGUUUUUAUCCGUUUCUUCCUCAGCAUACAGUCCUCCUCCUCCUCUAGACACAAACCUGAACAUUCACAGUUGGAAAAUGGACGGCAAACUAAGAAAGAUGAUGAAGCUAUUACCGACGUGCUCCACUCAACACUCGCUCCGGAUUUCUGCGGAAACUCGUAAACCUCUCGUCGGUCUUCUGAUCUUGGACAAAGGAAUUUGUUUUGAAAGCCAAGAUACAUCAGCGACAACUAAAAAAAGGUUCCAAAAUAAACAAUAGAAAAUUCUCCUGUAAUAAAUUUUAACGUUGAAGUGUAAAUGUUUUUUGGCAAAUUUGCUCUUUGAUCGGUUUAGCAUUGUGCAGUGAGAUUAUUUGUAGCCAACCUAUAAUCCAUAGUCUUGUAAUUGGGUGCCAAUUUUGGACUCUAACCUUUUUCUUAUCAGGAUAAGUCAAAUGUGCUUUAGCUAGAACGUGGCCAACGCCGAGCCGGUCACUGAGCAGAUUUGCCGAAACAUUGUUUUCAUUGAAGAAAAGCUGCGUUGCCUUAAACACAGUUGCUGUAAAUAAUGGAGAACAUUUCCUUUGACAUCAGUUUUUUAUGACCUCAAGGGAGAUAUUCCUCAACGUUGUUACAGAUCAUCCCCAGGGAAAGUUGUAUACUGAAUCAUGUGUUCAUGAGAAGUGGUUUGGUACAUUGUCGUGUACCACGUAAAAAACAUUGUGAGGUUUCAUGUAAUUCAACUUGAAUAUGCUUUUUCUGAGGGAUGUCUGGUUUAAGUGUCAGCUUGAGAAAAUGUGAUGUGCCUUUUUCAGUUCAUUAGAUGUAACAAAACUAGAAUUCCUUGAUAACUCCGGCACACUGCAGUAAGGCGAUGACUGCAUUGUAAAUCUUACUUUUAUGUUUUUCAUAUUUACUGUGCUCUAACAGUCUAAGAUGUCUGUAAUUUUAUAGUUAUGUACCUGACAUGACUCGCUCAGUGAAUUGCUUUUAUGAAUCAUUGACUGUGUAAAAACAUCAGGUUUAUUUUUCUAAAAGGCCUCAAUGCAGUGCGAGAGCUGAGGAAGUGACUUGGCAAAGCAGUUGGUUUUCUGUGCAAAAUGACUAUUUUAGGCUUCAAACAAAGAUUUGAAUGGAUGAUUUUUUUUCCUGGCAUAACAAGAGAAACUGUAAAACAGUUCCUCGUUCUGUGCGUCAGUUUAAACAUCAUCUCUCAAUUUGGUUUUCUGCUUCUUCAAAACACAACUUUGACUAUCAGUUAAUGCUUUUUCCCCCCAGAGGUUUCAUUGAUGUCUUCCUUUGCAUUCGGCAGGCCACAGGUAACAACACAAAUUGAAGUGUAUUCAUGUGCACCAAACCUCAUUUAUGACAGAUUAGUUUUUCUUGUAUACAGACUAUAACCUGUUUCUCACAUGGAUACUUGUACACAGGAGAUGUACAGACUGUUCGUGGGUUAGGUUUUUCAAAUCUAAUUAAAACACCACCAAUAUAUUGUAUUCUGUACUGUUGUCUGACAAUUGCACCACAUUAUAUCCUCCCGGCAGCACUCAGUUAAAACUGAACAUACAGUAAUAUGAUUUGUAUAUAACGUGAGAAAUUAAAAUGGGCCAUUUGAAAUGGUGACAUAAAAAGUU